GGGCGGGGGGCCCGCGGCGCGGCAGCCGCUGCUUCUCCCCGGUGGGCUCCGGUGCCAGGGGCCAGGCCAGCUGCGAGGUGCUGCCUGCGUGGUGCCGCCCCCGGGCCUGGGACCUGGCCAAGGGGAGCUGGGAGCUGCGUCUGGGGCCGUGGGGCAGCCAUAGGCCUGGCCGCUGCUCUCCAGGCCUGAGCACUGCCCUGAGCUUUGUCCGGGUUCCCCCUGGCAGUGGCCUCAUGCUACCGGUUCAGGAGCCUUGAGCGGAGGCUGCUUCAGGCAGGUGGUGCUGGGCACUGGCUUCUGCGCUGCUCGGUCCCCAGUGCGUCCUGAUCCUCCCUGCUGGAGGGUCUGGACCUGGGGCACUUCGCUGGAGCUUAUGAGCAGUCUCCGGAGACAGGGCAUCUGCUGUGUCCGGGUCCAUCCUGCCUCUGGCUCAGGCAGGGGCACCGUGGAAGGAGCUCUUGUGCGGGCCAGGUGGGGAAGAUGACCAGCAGUGACCCCGAACGGCCCCAGUUCCUGUUCGUGAAGGCGCUGGCCAGCCGGGGCCGCGCGGAGGCCGUGACGCAGCAGAUGGGCUACCACCCGCAGUACCUGGACAGCUUCCUCAAGACACAGCACUACCUGCUGCACAUGGACGGCCCGCUGCCCUUCGCCUGCCGGCACUACAUCGCCAUCAUGGCAGCUGCCCGGCACCAGUGCCGCUACCUGGUGAAUCUGCAUGUACUGCAGUUCCUGCGCAUGGGGGGGGACCCCCAGUGGCUGCGGGGCCUGGCCUUUACUCCGCCCAAGCUCCGCAACCUCAAUGAGAUCAACAAGAUCCUGGCGCACCGGCCCUGGCUGGUCAGCAAGGAGCACAUUGAGAAGCUUCUGAAGAUCAGCGAGCAGAGCUGGUCUCUGGCCGAGCUGGUCCACGCCGUGGUGCUCCUGGCGCACUGCCACGCCCUGGCCAGCUUCGUCCUCGGGUGCGGCUGGGGGCAGGACGAGCGGCCAGAUGGCCGGGCUGUGCCAGCACCCACCUCACCUGGGAACCAGUGCUUCUGCGAGGCUGGCAGUGGCAAUGGCUGCAGCCAGGAACUGUUGCGCAUCAACCGCAAGCGGUCCCUGGACUCCUGCGUGGAGCUGGAGUCGCUGCGGGACCGUGCCCAGAAGAUCCACCCAGAGGCCGAGGGCAGGGAGGAGACGAGGCUGCCCCAGCCAGACAGGGAGGAAGACUUACACGGGGAAGCUGUCAGCACCGCAGACCUCUCCUGCUACCUGCAGGACCCCGACUUCGCAUACCAGGACUUUGCCCGGCGCGACGAGGAUCACACACAGAUCUUCAGAGUCCAGGACUACUCCUGGGAGGACCACGGCUUCUCGCUGGUGAACAGGCUCUACUCCGACAUUGGGCACCUCCUGGAUGAGAAGUUCCGCACCGUGGACGGGCUGCGCGGCAGUGUUAUGGCCAAGCGGCAGGGCUGCGAGCCCUCGGCCUUCAAGCGCGGCAUCUGGAACUACAUUCACUGCAUGUUCGGGAUCAGGUACGAUGACUACGACUAUGCCGAAGUGAACCAGCUCCUGGAGCGGGCGCUCAAGGUGUACAUCAAAACUGUGACGUGCUACCCCGAGAAGACCAACCCUGAGACGUUUGACCGCUUCUGGAAGCAGUUCAAGCACAGUGAGAAGGUCCACGUGAACCUGCUCAUCCUGGAAGCCCGGAUGCAGGCGGAGCUGCUGUAUGCGCUGCGCGCCAUCACCCAGUACAUGAUCUAGCUGGACCGGUGCCCACCCGCGCAAACGGCUGGCCAGCGCGGGGCAGGGCGCUCUGUCUGCUCCGGUUACCAGACUGACUUUCCUUUUCCCUGUGGGCCACAGUGUGUGGCCCGUGAUGUGCAAUGACCAAGCUGGGAGGAGAGUCCAAGCUGCGGCAGGGAGGGCUGCCAAAGCUGCACCCCAUCCUCCAGGGCUGCUGGAGCCAGCUCCGACGGGCAGCAACAGGCCACGCCGUGAGCCAGGCCAUCCCACUGUGCUGAUCUGGUGCCUCCCUGGCGAUGACGCUUCUUCCUGAGGAACAUCGUGGGCAUGGGGCCAGGCAAUGGGCAAACUGUGGCCGGUGGCAGGGGAGAGGUUGGCUCCAAUCUGCUUCAGGGACCUCAGCCCCUCGCAAGCCUUGGGCUGGGCGGCAGGCCGCCCCCUCCCUCCCCUGCCAGUGCAGCCCCCUGCCCUCACUCCUGUGCCAAACCCUUUUUGGGGCAGAGGGAGCUGCUGGCCAGGCCUACUCCACACUGAGCCCGUGGCUGGGGGAGCGGCUGGCACUGCCCAGCCCCAGGGCAGGCAGGGAGGGUGGCUGCGGGUCCUAGCGGAGGCUGCAGCAGGGCAGAAACUGGGGGUCCCUCCUGCAGGCUUCUGCUGUGCUUCCUUGGUGCUGAGAGGCAGAGGGUGAGUGCAGGAUCAGGGAGGGCAUGUUCUCCUGGGAGCUGGGCCUGGCCCUGGCCCCUGUGGCUGGCUGCUCGCUGCUCGGUGCCAGUGUGAGGCCUGCUCCUGCCUAGGCGAGCCCUGGGAGCUGAGGCAAGUGGGACCACCAGGCAGGGGUGGUGCAGGGCAGCAGAGAGCUGUCCAGCCCCCCUGCCAUGGGCAUGUCCCCUCCUUGGUUAGGUGCUGCUCCAGGACCCCAGCUUGGCUCCAGGGGUGCAGGCCAGGUCCUGCUCCUGGAGUUCGAGGGAGGGCGGCAAGGCCCGCCUGCGCGCUGCUUCAGUCAACCUGUUUACUGCGUACGUGUGUGAAGAAAACUGCGUGUCUGGAAGCUACAGAAAAAGCCUAUUUUUGCUAUAAAUAUCAUUAUGUUUGACAUGGGCCGUGGCCUUGCUGCCUUCUUGGGGCAGCCUGGCCCCCCUGCUUGGUGCCAGGGGGCAUAGCAGCCACUUACCUGCAGCAGCUCUAGGCUGGCCUCAGCCUAGUCUGCCAGAGUCCACUCACCUGGCUGGUCCCUGCUGGAGAAGGCAUCGCCCGGCGGUUUCCUGGCUUACAGAGCAGGCAAAAGAGCCACCCCCACGGACAUGAGCCAGCAAGCCUGGUGCAGCAGGAAACACCUGCUCUUGGCCCGUGUGCACGCACAGAUGGAGUGCUGCAGGAUCUGGUCCCUUCUCAUCCUACUUUAUGGCCAUCGGCUUGGGCACUGCAUAGAUUAGGCUGGUGCUGGUCUGUGCCCACUUGGGCCUUGCUCGGAGCCAGGGGGCUGACACUCAUGGGCAGGCGCACAACUCUGGGCAGAGCCACAGCAGGUCUCUGGGCACUGGGGGCAGAUGCUCCCACCCCAGAAGCGCAGCUACUCACCACCCCCUCCAGCCCCAGCUGCUAGUUGCCCACUUUCCCGAGCUGGGAUCAGACAUAGGCACAGGGAGGAUGGUGUGCUGCUGCCCUGAAGGGCAGGGUUACAUGGCUUGCCAAGCCCCAGCCGUCCCCAGAAGGCAGUGCCAGGGCUGCUUGCCAGGCCCAGGCUUUACCAGCAGACUCCUGGCCUACACAUGCUGCCAGCUACGGCAAGGCAUGGCAGGGCAGCUGGUUCUCCCGCUCAAGGUGACAGACACCACAUCCCCUCUACAGCUGCCUUGGUCCACAGAGCGACAGCUCAUGCUCUGGGGCAGCAGCAUGAUGGAUUCAACCCCGGGUCUAGGCCCACACUUGGGUCCAGUGCUCUUGGCAGGGCCUGGCCAGCUUGGGAGGGUCUCGCUUCAGUGCCUAGAACAAGCAUCAGCUGUAACAGGAACAUCCAGGACUGAACAGGUC